AUGCCAGAAGCCAUGCUCCAGCUCGAUAGGUGCAAUGUUCGCAGGUCGACGGUCGAAGGUCGAAGGUCGAAGGUCGAAGGUCGAAGUUCGAAGUUCGAAGUUCGGGAGAAGUUGAGGAAGGCGAAGGUGACGGUGAAGGCGACGGUGAAGGUGAAGGUGAAGGUGAAGGUGAAGGUGAAGGUGAAGGUGAAGGUGAAGGUGAGGGUGAAGGUGAGGGUGAAGGUGAUGGAGAAGGGAUGUCCUGGCUGGCUACCCACUAGUUAA